AUGCGAUCAUCCUUCAACGCGGCGUUUGGUCGACUGCUGCGACCCGCGCUCUUCCACGCAUUGUGGCCGGGCGGAUGUCGGGCCUUUUGCAUAACGAAGCCAACAAGGCCGCUGUUGUGUUUGUCUGGUGGAACCCCAGAGGUGCUGGAGGUGGAGCUGCUACUGCCAGAUGACGUUGAUGAAAGCCGCAAUAAUAAAAGCCGCACGAACGUGGACGGUGACGACGUGGAGGACUUCCCUGAGUUGGAGGAGUACGAGGCGAGCAAAGACGCCGCCGCGGAGACGAUCACGACAAUUGACACCUUUGCUCGAGCAAAAGUGGCAAACUUUGCUAAGCGCAUGCCGCACAGCGCCUGUGAGACGUCUUCUUCGGCGAGCCAUCUGUUGGCAGAAGUGCGGGAGGUGCAGACAGCGGGCGACGAGGAGAAGCUGUUCCACGCGAGGGUUCGUGUUCCGCUUCCUCCCGAGUACGGCGAGCGCUGGGGGGAAGGAUUGGCCUCCACAGAGAAGGAGGCGGAGCUGGUGGCGGCCAUGCAUGCGGAGCGUGUCAUUGACGCCAUGGGCUUCCCCAUGUUUCAGCUCACAUCGAAGCAGAAACGACAUGCCGAGGCGGCUAGAAACGCGGGGCGAUGGGCGCCAAUGCCCGGAGAUGAUCCCCGACCUCCCAGUACUCCCUCCCCGCCACGACUACAGCUGUUGCGAGAGGGAGCGACGAAGGAGGUGGAACGGCGGCUGCAGAUUGACAAGAUGGAGUUCUCUAACGUUACGGCGGGUGCGUUUACGUCGAUGAAGUUGACGUUGGCUUCUCCAUUCUUACUGGACUAUGGAAGCGUUUACCGUAUAAAACAGUUUUUCGCAGCAUACAACUGCAAUAUUCAGCGAUACUCUCGUGUGACGCCUCUCCACAAAUGCGUCUCGAAGGAAAAAUUUGGUGGUAGUGGUAGUGGAGAAGCUUUUUCCCAUACAGGUGCUGAUAACAAUAAUAAUAAUAAUAAUAAUAAUAAGAUGUUUGUUGCACAAAUUAGGCUUCCUAUUGAUGGGCGUUUUGGCGAGCGCAUUGCAUGUGGCAAAUCACCUACAAAGAAGGAAGCGAUUGCGCUUGCAUGUAUGCAUGCCGAGCUCAUCAUCGAUGCACUAGGACUUGCAUUGUAUCCUUCUGACAAGGAGAAGCAAGAGACUCAUGCGGAUGAGUGUCGAAAGGUAAAUCGCUGGUGCAGCGGGCCUUGUGGGUAUGAAUAUCACUUCACGAAGCCCUCUCCACCGCCCCUUCAGCUUGUUAAGGAAAGUUCUGUGAAGACGGCAGCCGAGGUGGACUCUGCGGCCUCUCUGGAAUCUGUUCUCCUGAGUCACGCUAAGGCAAUUGAGAAGUUUGAAAACGUCACGGAGCUGCAAAGAAUUGAUCCAGCUGCCCACCACAUUUUUGUGAGUUACAUGGCGCAAUACCGGGAAGACGCGAAGGAAGUGGGUUCCCUAUUUUUUGUGGAGAGCCUCGGUGUGAAGGGCCACGAGGUUUAUCGGGCAACGGUAACAGUCCCUGUUCCGUUCGUGGCGGGUACAACGGCAUCUACAGGGCCGGCAAGUGUUCAUGAUGGUGAUGAUGUCGCCGUGUCAUCCUUUGUGGCCAUUGGAAUUGGUACAUCAGAGAUGGAGGCUGAAACCACCGCCUCCAUGCAUGCCCUCAGUGUGCUCAAAUCACUUGACCGCCCGCUGUUGGGAAGUUCAACCUUCGGCCGAGAGGAGUUCCAGCAGCGUAAUCUUACCCGUGAUACAGUCAUUCCGCCGCCCUACCGCUAUGUUGUGGCUCAUCUCGGCCGCAUCGUGGUUCCAGGGCUCUCGCCAGCAAGAAACAUUGGUGGUUUACCGCUGGCUGCGCGGCAGCGUGGUUUUUCGUCAGAGUACCAUGAGGCGCGGAUUCAAGGCGCACGAGCGGGAUUGCCAAAGAGUGACUGGUCGUUGGAUGCCGAUGCGGAAGGAUAUAUCAUUCAAAACCCAAGCGUUAACGUGCAAGAGACUCGAAAUUACGUCCACACACUUCCCUCGGUCCGUCAGGCGGAUCGCUUUGCGCUAGUCCGAUUGAGGGACUACUUGGAGCGCCAUGGGAAGCGGUUGGAGGUCGCUGUGACGAGCUCUAUGCUUGAGACAGAUGAAGGACUGAAACGAUGGGUGAAAAAAGUUGUACUUCCGGUCCCGGAGGCAUUUGGUCACGUUGUGGCACACGGGGAGGCUUACACGGAGGAGGAGGCUCUCGUUAUGUGCGCUGUGCAUGCCGAACUUCUUCUUGACGAACUCGGAAUUGCGCUUUACGAUCUUCAAGCUUUGCAGGAAAGGCACUGCGAUGCCGCCGGAAUGCUCGGUCGUUGGGCGCCGUACGAGACGCACUCCACACGAAGGGCUGUGCCUACUCCUCCACCGGUGCGAAAGGAGCACGCGGACUCGUGCCUGUGGGCGCGCCUGUCAAAGGAGACAAGGAAAGAGGGCACAGCACCCUGUGGCGAGGGUAUAAAGCAAACAGUGUCAUCAACUCAUCCACCGGAUGGGAAUUAUAAGGCAGCAGACGGAGAGAAUCACACGGAUGCCACAGCAACGAGAAAAGCAGAAGCCGUUUCGCCUUCUCCAGGAGUGACGGACGACGCACUUUUCGACUUGGCGGGAUUGGUUUUUGUUCACCCCUCUGAAUUCUUUCGCCAUGCACCACGUUUGCUUGAAGGUUACUGUGGACGUCAAGGGGUAGAUAUUUCUCGUUGUAUGCGGCAAUAUAACGUUUGCAAUCCCCUUUACGGCUUUGUUCAUCGAGCCAUUAUGGAAAUACCGGUGCCCCCACAAUUUGGCCGACGCUACGCCUUGGGAUGUGCUUUAACGAAGAAAGAUGCCUUUUUUUUAUGUUGCAUGCACGCUGUUUAUGUUCUCGGAGAACUGGGGAUACCUAUUUACAUUGGGCCGAAACAGGCUGAGUAUGCGGCUAUCGCGAAGUCAAAAGGACGCCAUGCCCCAAAUCCUGGUGAUCCGUUGAGGCCCCCGAAUACGAAGUCACCGCCAGGCUUAAAAAGUCUUCCAGACAUGCACAUGGAGAAGCCGCCGUUGCCGAGACCCCCAAAUCGUAGAGAAUGCCACAAGCCACGCGUAUGGCAAGGUUAUGUGACGGCGUGCCGUGGAUACAUAAAGAAGAUGAAGGAACAGGUUGUAUGGGAUGCUCUUUUUACUAAGGGGAAAGCGCCAAGAAGUGGUGUGGAUCUAGAGGAUAAUGGCCUUGACGUCGUCGAAGCCCUGCCACUCUUCACGAACGUCAAGUCUAGGUUGCCACAAAAGUGUGCUGCUGCCCGACUACCGGCACCGCCGCCCUUGUCAUUUCGCUUUGAAGUCUACGGCCGACCCCCACACCGACGUUAUUUGGUUGAGCAGCCAGUUCUUGGCACUCCGUUUGUGGCUCGUGGAAUGGGUGAGGAAGGACAAGAGGCCGUGACGCGGGCGGCGAUGCACUACGAAUACAUUUUGGGGAUAAUCAGUGGCACAGUGCAGGGGAAUUCAGAAACAGGGAACUUUUUGAGGAACCGGCAUGGGGAUCUAUUUGAUCCCACUCUUCGCGAUUUUACACCACGUGGGAAGUUGGCCAUCAUGGCACUCCACUCAACGUUACGAGCCCCAUUUUUGCCACUACGUCUGACACUAAAGGAACGCAAUAACUCGGCGGCGGGGGUUCAGUUGGUUUACGUCUCACUUGUUGAAAUGGAAGAUGAGAGUGGGCUGCGCAUGGCAGGAAAAGGAGAGGACCGCAUUCAUGCCGAAGAGUCACGCAAUAGGGCAAUUGCUGAACUUUACAAACAGCUGCAACGCAAGGCCACAUUCCAGGCGGUCGCACAAUUGCUGCAGACGUACCCGGCACUCCGUGCCGAGGGCGCUGCUCACAUGCUCUUCGAGACAAAAACCAUGAGAGACCUUCGGUCUGUGCUGGCGGGGCAAAAGGAUGCAAUCCCGCUGCCACUGGAGGAGUUCCCUGAAGGAGCUGGGGUGGCAACGCUGCUACGGGGAGGCGAAGAGCACCUAGACUCGCCAGAAUUGCGACUGCUUUUUAAUAUCGUGGAGCGUGAACUUGUUUCCAUGCCGACACCUGCCCCAUUGAAUUUGCCUGUAGCGGCACAACAUCUUUUGCGUACAAUGGGGCUGGUGAAAACCCAAGGAGGGGACGAAAAAAAUAAAAAGACUAUUGAGGCAAAUGCGAUACGAGUGGCUGUGGCAUUAUUUUCCUUAUGUUUGCCGCCAUUGCUUCCUAUGCGUGAGGGAGCUUCACCUCUGGUGAUUGGUGCGCUUCCGUUGCAACUUGCCAAACUCCUCUUUGCGGGGUCAUUGUUAGACUGUUUAGAGUCUUGUAUUCGUGUGGUUGCCUUGGUGCUCUCUUCAUUCAUUGGUGAAAAUGAUGUUUGCAGGAGCGGGGAUGUGGUGGAACUUGCCGCUCUUGAGCUUUCCCAAGAGGCCAAGCGUCUCGCCACUGUCAUUGCAGCACGACUCCGUGAACUUUCGAAGCAAUUGAAGAAGUUGACCUCUCCGUCUCACAUACUGACAACACUGGUGGACUCUUCUUGCGUGGUUUCAGAGGGGACAUGGGGUCCCUUGCAGGAGGGAUGGGGAAAAAAGGAUGAGGGGCGCCUGCGCCUUGCUGUUUCCUUCGCCACAUUUCCAAGGGCGUUCAUACAGAAAAAGGUUGCUGCCGACGGCGUACUCCGCCUGAUAACUGUGGAGUCAAGGGAUCGUCAGCGCACUGCACAGAUUGCCGUGCCACCCAACUUGGCAAAGUCCUGUAAUGCCUCUUCCGACCCCGCAUCCUCAUCCCUGUCACCAUGCCAUUCUUCAUUUCCGUGGUUUUGUGCGUUUGAUGGCGCUUCCGCUGGGGAAGGAGAAGAACUGCCCAUGUUGGGAACGUUUGUUCCGCCGUGUGGGCUGCUACUGGCUAGUGCGCCUUGUGAUGAGUCAAGAAUGUUGGUUAUCCCGGACGAUGUGCCGAAUAUGGCGAUUGUGGACGGAUUCAUACCUGUUGUGAUGAAAUCCACGGAGUCACUCGCCACUAUAACCGAAUUACGUCUCACUUUGAAGGAUCAUUGGGCAGCGCUGAAGCCGCUGCCUGUUGACACACAAGAUAUUGUAGACAAACUGCUGGUGUCGGAGCACUCCUUGGCAAAUGUUCUGCAGGCAGAGCUGCUGGACUAA